CACUGCGUCGCUUUGCUUCGUCUCGGCUCUUAAACAGCUCCACACCAUAGCCUCCAGGCUCCAAGUACAGGAGUAGGGAAGCAUCACCCACAUCAUUCGACGAGCUGCGCUAGCUUGGAGCCUUGGAUCCAUGGAGUCCCCGCAAAAGAAGGCUGGAUCCAUGGACGGCAGCGAGAAGACACCUCUUCCUCAUCUGCUGCCGGUGACGGUGGCCAAGAAGACGCCUCGUCCGGAUGUUGUCCGAGAGGUCAGCGAGUGGGUGCUCGUGACCGCCGGCAUCUUCGUGUUCUCCUUCGGCUUGGCCUACGCACUCGUGCUCUUCCACGUCCCCUGCAGCCAGUCCUCCUUCUUUCUUCGGUGCGGCCAGCUGACGGAUGCGGAGGAAGCUGUGGCGAACGCCCUAGGCAUCGGGAUGCUGUGCUGCGUCGCACUCCAGGCGGCCGCGGCGGUGCUGGCGCUGCGUCUCCAGUGCCGCCGUCGCUGGGUCCGCCGUGCCCUCGCCUACCUCGCGCUCGCGCUCGCCAUCGGCGGCCACUGCUUCUACGCCGCGCUAGCCCGCCUCUUCCUCGUCGCCGACCCAGGAGACCUCUUCUUCAGGAUCUGCUCAACCGUGGGCAUCUUCGUCUGCGCGGCGGGAGACACCAUCAGCUUCCUGGCCCUCAUCCUCGGCCGCGAGGAGUAGGACUGGGGAGCAGGGCAAGCAGCGGAUCAUGUCUUGUGAGGUACUGAUGAUGAGUGACUGAUCGAGUGCGUACGUAGACUAUGCGUGAAUAAUUAUGCUAGCUAGCUGCGACGCCCUGCCCUAUGUGUGAAUUUACUAGUGUGCUGCUAGUAGCCUAGUACACCGUACUGCCCUAUAUAUGUGUGAAUUUUGGUCGUCUUUGAUGCAGUAGUAUUUCCUCUGUAGUAUGAUCAGACAUCAUUUAUAUGCUUAUUUAUCCAGCUUCCGUAUAA